AUGAACAAGAUGGGAAGAAUAAUUGACGUUGUAUGCACUAUCAAAAAAGAGGAUAAUUCUUUGAAAUCUGCAAAUGAAGAUACUUCCGGUAGCUACAAUAAAAAUGAUCAAAUCCCGUUUUAUUUCGUGAAGUGUAAAAUUGAGGAAAACAGUAAAUAUAGAAGGUAUAGUCUCGUUGAAACCCACCUUGAAGGUACUGGUAAAUCAGUUAAGAGUGGAACAAAUGGGGAAAAUCCCCAUUCGGAGAAUGCUGCAGAAGGAAAGGAUAGACGAACUUCCCCUAGGAAUAAGAAAAAAGGCUUAAGAUGGAAGUUGGAUAGAACAAGAAUACCUCAUAAAUCUAUUAACGAAGAGGAAAAUGUCUAUGAUGAUGAGAAACCAAAAUCCUAUGAAACGCUUUUAGAGAAGAUUGAACAAUUAGAGUGUAAUUUUGAUGAUGAUCGUACUGAUGGUAUUACAGAAGACAUAACAUUCCUUGGGAUAACUAUCAAUGAGCUUAAAUCCAGUUUCCGUAAUAAGUCAUCAGAAAUGUAUAGAAAUAGGAACUAUUUUUUAGAAGAGCUUCCCAAAGAAUCACCAUCACACAAAUCGAAUUCAGGAAGUGAAAAUCUUCAGAGAAAAUCUGCCAUCGUAAAUUACAAGAGAAAUUCGGCCGGUGAAGAGAUCCCAGAGAAAUGCAUCAAGCAAAAAUUCUUAGAGAAAACGGCUGCGUAUAACUUUAUCAUCUUACAUGAAACGACUUUAUGUAGUUGUUCCCGCCUAAAGACAAUAUUACAUAGGUUAGGAAUGUGUAUAAGACAGAAGAUAUUAUAG